UCCCGUUCAAUGUGAAUUUUAUACAGCUGUGUGGAAGGGCCCUAGAGAGUUAAAAACAAGUUAGCUAACUUAGCAUAGCUACAUCUCAUAAACAAUUUAUAAAGUGCAAAAAAAGCAAUGUAAAAGAUCAGAAAAGAAAGAAAAUGAUAAAUCUCUGGUUUAAAAAAAAAAUGACAGUGAAGGACCAUGGUGGUUUCCAGAUCUCCUACACCAGAUUCCCCAAACAUUGCAUGUAUGUAUUGCAAAAUAAAAUUGGAAUGUCUAAAAAAAUAGGAUGGCUUUGUUGAUAGACUUGAAAGAGAUUAACUGCAACUGUUUCCCCUUGCCUGUUUGGUUAGAGGAGAGAGGGAGAGAUAUUGUAUUCUAGCCAUGCAUUUCAGUCCCCCGGUUUGAGAAAGACUGAGCGUUCUGUACUGGAUGAAAUGCUUCCAAUUCAAACGUCUUCAUGUUUUGAAAAUAUCAAAUAAACAACUUCAUUUGGAAGUAUGGCCACACAACCAAAGUUGGAUGUUGCAGUGUAAUAUUGAAUCCUAUUUAUGAUAUUACGCAAUGUGCUGAUUCUCCAUAUACAAAAAUUUGUAGUCCCCAAGUUACAGGCAGUCCCCAAGUUACUAACAAGAUAGGUUCUGUGUAUAUGCUUUGGAUAGCAGGGAAGGGUAUUUGUUUUGCUGUCUUUGCCUCCAUUCAGAAGAUUUCACCCCAAUUUAUGUCCCUUGAUAAUCAAAUUUUGAAAAAUGUGGCUUGUUGUGGAAACAAGGAUUGGUGAGAAAGCUUCAGCUGAGACACCUUUUCCCCAAGAUAACUCUUCCAGGAGAGAAUUUUCUUUCAGAGGGGUAGAUUUCUCUCACUUCUUGUUGUCUCACCCCUGUUAUUAACUAUGAGUUGUUUGCAAGUCUAAUGUUUGUAACUCGGAGACUGCCUGUAUAUGAUUUUCCUCCACAGGAUUUACGGUAAUCCCUUCUUAAAAGUCAAACAAUGAACAGAUGUUUUAAAAGUGAUACCCUAUGUUUGUUUUUGAUUUUCAAGCUCCCCUUCCUGCAAUUUGAUCAGAGUGACUGACAUUCCCACCCCUUGGGGCCAAUGUGAGAAGACUAUGCUAAGCACACUUUCUUGAUGACUUUUUCUUUAGGAAGCCAAGAGGGCUGGGGAAUGUUUGGAAUAUUAAUUAAUUAAUUAAUUAACCCUAUUUGUACCCCGCCUUUCUCGACCCCAGAGGGGACUCAAGACGACUUACACAUGUCACUUGUUCAAUGCCUUAGGAGCACACAUCAAACAUAAGUUUAAAAUAUUUACAAAUUAAAAUUCAUACAAUCACAUUAAAAACCUUAUAAUCAGUUAAAAUCAUGUCAUCCAAAAAUCAUAGUCUAAGCUGUUCCUUCAAACCCUCCAAACAGAACUCCCUGGAGCUCUUUUUUUUUCUCUGCACUCUAAGACUUGGCUCCUCCCAUCUGCUCUGGUUGGCCAAUCCUAGGAGUCUCUCUCUAAGCUCCUCCCCCUUUCUAACCACACUCAAGAUGGCUGCCUGGCAUUUCUCAACAAAAUGGAUGCCUGUCUCACUCACUGUUACCAAGGCUUCAUUCCCGGCCUAAUAGCCUGGCAACCCUCACUAUGGAGCACCUCCUCCUCCUCCUCCUGGUGCCUCUUCUGGGACUGGUGAACUGUGACCGGCCAUUUGUGCAGAGAGGCUUCUGGGACUUCUCCAUGGAUGAUCCUAACGUCCAAGAAGAGGAAGAGGCUUCGGGGAUCUUCCCAACUUCAGGAGCAGCCGAAAGCGAGGAAACCUUCCCCUUCUACCCGGGACUCUGUCCAUUUGGCUGCCAUUGCCACCUAAGGGUGGUGCAGUGUUCUGACUUGGGUCUCAAGGAAGUGCCAAAGGAGAUCUCACGAGACACCAAACUGUUGGAUCUGCAGAACAACCAGAUUACUGAGCUGCGUAAAGAUGAUUUUCAGGGGCUCCACCACCUGUAUGCGCUGGUGCUGGUGAACAACAAGAUCUCCAAGAUCCACCCAAAGGCUUUCAGCCCCUUGCAUAAACUGCAGAAACUCUACAUCUCCAAGAACAACCUGGUGGAGAUCCCCCCAAACCUGCCCCCAUCCUUGGUUGAACUCCGUAUCCAUGAUAACAAAAUCAAGAAGGUCUCCAAGGAUGUGUUCAAUGGGCUGAAUAACAUGAAUUGCAUUGAGAUGGGUGGGAAUCCUCUAGAAAACAGUGGAUUUGAACCUGGUGCCUUUGAUGGCUUAAAGCUGAACUACCUGAGAAUCUCAGAAGCAAAGCUCACUGGUGUACCCAAAGAUCUACCUGAAACCUUAAAUGAACUUCAUCUGGAUCACAACAAGAUCCAGGCCAUUGAAUUGGAAGACCUGAUCAGCUACUCCAAAGUUUACAGACUGGGUUUAGGACACAACAACAUCAGGAUGAUUGAGAAUGGCAGCCUGGCUUUCCUGCCUAUCCUACGCGAGUUGCAUUUGGAUAAUAACAAGCUGUCAAAGGUCCCUCCUGGACUGCCAGAUCUCAAGUUUCUGCAGGUUGUAUACCUUCACUCCAACAACAUUACCCAUAUUGGUGUCAAUGACUUCUGUCCUGUUGGCUUUGGGGUGAAGCGUGCCUCGUACCAUGGCAUCAGCCUUUUUGCCAACCCAGUACCCUACUGGGAAGUGCAACCAGCUACUUUCCGCUGCGCCACUGAUCGCUUGGCUAUUCAGUUUGGCAACUACAAAAAAUAAAUAAAUAUAUAUCUUAUAGGAGGAUUAUGGGGGAGGGAGGGGGGAGGGAGGAAUGAAAGGGGAAAAGAAAACUAAUGGGGAAUUUGGAGGGGGUGGGUAGGAGGAGAGUAAGGAAGUAAAAACCAUUCUAUAGAUGAAAGAGUCAUGGGGAAGACCGUACGCAGAAAGAACAGUCAGAGCGUGAUAACAACAGCUGCCAAACAGCUAAUUCCCAGGAAAAAGGAAGGGUGGGAUAGUUACACAGAGCCAUUGGCACAAAGGCAAAUAGGUACAGAUCUGACCAGUUUUUUUUUUUACCAGUCUGCAUUAUACCAGUAAUAGCCCUGCAUUUGAAAUAUACUGAUUCUGAUAGACAAACAAGGGUUCCAGUUUUAUUAUUCUGAUGUAGCAACUCUUGCUUUGUGUGGAGCAGAGGGUAAGGGUCGCAAUGGAUUCUGAAUCACGAUGGCUGUUUGUUUGAAGAAUCAGCAAUGGCCGAUAACUUUAUGGGAUCUUGGAACCUUGUAUUUUGCUUUCAGUCAGUGCUUCCUGAAUUAUACAACAUCAAAUAGCAUCUUUGAACUCUUGUGAUUGGGAAUAGCAACCAAGAGUCUUUUCAUAACACACAAUUACACUAUGAUUCCCCUUUAACUGCUAUGGUUGCAUCCUAUGGAAUCCUAGAAGACUCUUUAGCUUGGAAUUUUAGCUGCCAAAUCUAAACUAGAAAUUUCAGGCUCCCAUAGGGUGCUGCUAUGGUAGUUAAAGUGGAAUUUUCCUGGGAUUAUUGUGUGCAAUGAAAGUGCCCCAACUGAGGGGGGCACUGACAAGAACAAAAGUUAGAGCUCAAGGCAUACUUCUCACACAUAUUCUUAGCCAGUAGUUCUCAACCUGGGGUCCCCAGAUGUUUUUGGCCUUUAACUCCCAGAAAUCCGAUCAGCUAGUAAACUGGCUGGGAUUUCUGGGAGUUGUAGGCCAAAAACAUCUUUGGACCUCAGGUUGUUCUUGGCCAUCUGAGAUGUUAAAUCUGGAGUGAGCAUUCUGUGACCAUCCAGAGGUGGCUGGACUGCAAUUCAUUUUUGCUAGUGUACUCAGAGAUGCUGUGAGUACAGCCCAAAAACACCUGGAAGCCACAGUAUCCUUUUUGUCAAAUUCAUAAAUGUACAUGAAUCAAUUUUAUAUUCACAUUCAAACUCUUGUGUUUAUUUUGCAAUGUAGCAAUGACUCAAACAGUGCCUUUUUCCGGACCUGAUACACAUGUUGGGAGCUUUCCAAUUUACAAAUUUAACUAUGACACUAUUCUAUGCUACGAAAUAUCCAUCUUCUCAUAACAGGUGGAGGCUUUCGAUAUGCACAAAAAUAUAUCAUGGAAGUUGGCCUUGAAUCUGAGGCACAGAUUCAGGCAACACCUCCCAGCUUGUCAAUAUCUCUUUUAAAUUGCAAUGCCCAGAAUUGGACACAGUAUUCCUGGUGAGGUCUAACCAAAGUAGAAUAAAAAAAAUAGAGAGGCACUUUGGUUCCCCUUGAUCUAGACACUACUCCUCUUGAUGGAGCCCUAAAUACUAUUGGCUUUCUUAGCUGCUGCAUCACACUGUUGGCCCAUUUUCAACUUGUUGUCCAAAGUCCACUAAGACGCCAAGAUCUUUUUCACAUGGGCUGUUGUCGAGCCAGGUGUCACUCAUUCUGUAUCUGACAUCAUCUUAAUUCCAUCCUCUUAAGUUGGGUAAUUGUGCAGUGUAGGAAGUACUGAAAAGCAGUUGAUCCAGGGAAUUCUGUACUUUUGCAGAUCUUCAACAUUCACAUUGAGCCCGUGUAUCAUAAAAGACAAUCAUUCAGGAAUGUUUGCAUUACAAGAUGAUGUCAGUAUAAUACCAGUGAUGCUUCCAUCAAAGGAUCGUGGGAAUGGUAGUCUAUUUUGUUCUGGGAGAGUGGGAGUUUUUUUUUCUUCGAUUGGCAGAGACAUGGCAUAAGCUUGGGACUGUAUGUUUAAAAAGCUGUUCCUCUGCCACAGGUAAGGUAAACACAAGAAGCUGGCAAGCUAUUAAAGUACUCACAAUCGCCCUUUAUUAUUGCUGCAUCACAGAGAGAUCCAAUGGACUCUCGUCUCCCUCAUCCCCUCUCUGCUCAACAUAUUUUCCUUUUAUCUUCCUCUAGUCCCAACCUUCACACACACCUUUUCAAUCACUCAGCUGACAUUCAUCAACAAACUGUGAUCCACAGAUACUUCAUCUUCUCUUAGGAUUAAGGGAAUAUGCUGUCUUUAGACCAGUGGUUCUCAACCUGGGGGUCCCAAGAUGUUUUGGCCUUCAACCCCAGAAAUCCUAACAGCUAGUAAACUGGCUGGGAUUUCUGGGAGUUGUAAGCCAAAACACCUGGGGACCCACAGGUUGAGAACCACUGCUUUAGACCAAGGACAUGACCCCUUGACUUCCUCACAUUCUUACAGAGAGGCAAUUAAAUUUGUUUACACUUGUAGUGUCACUAUUUUCUAUCUUGGUGGAAACCUCUAGCAUCUGAGUGCUAUUCUGGACCCAUUACAGAUUGAGCAUCCCUUGUCUCAGUGCUUCUCAACCUGUGGGUCCCCAGAUGUUUCGGCCUUCCAACUCCCAGAAGUCCUAACAGCUGGUAAGAUGGCUGGAAUUUCUGGGAGUUAUGGGCCAAAACACCUGGGGACACACAGGUUGAGAACCACUGCCUUAUCUGGAAUUUCAAAAUACCUGUACUCCAAAGGUUGAAACUAUCCACAUGGAUGGCUCAAAUAGUACGUUUUAAAUUUAUAAAAUUACCUUCAGGUUACGUCUAUAAGGUGUAUGUGAAACAUCAAUAAAUUUCACAUUUAAAAUUAGGCUGCAUCUCCAAGAUAUCACAUUGUACAUACAUAUGUUAAUACAAAUAUUCUAAAAUAUGAAAUACUUCUGGACCCUUAUACUUUGGAUAAGGGAUACUCAAUCUGUAUUCUGUGCAUAAUCCUGACUGUAGAAGGGUGGGAGAGGCUAUUCUUCAGUUUCAUACUUUUAGGAUAGGAAUACUGCAGCUUUCCAGAUGUUGAUUGAUUGCAGAUCCCAGCAACAAAUGCUAAAGAAUUCUGGUAACUGCAAUUUAAGGCAGGAUCUACACUGAUUUAUAUCCAAGGAUCCGACCCCGUAUUAUCUGAUUUGAACUGGAUUGUAUGAAUCUACAUUGCCAGGUAAUUUGAGAUCAGAUCCUGGGAUAUAGGGCAAUGUAGAUCAAGUCUUAGUGGAGUGAGGAAUUUUCAUAAUUACCACUUCCUGCUACCCAGGGUUUCUCCUGACAUUUGAAAAAUGAUAGGCACCAUGAGAAACACAAAUUCAAGUGUGAAACCAUUCUCUAGCUUCAGCCCAAAACCGUCCUCUAUUCCAGCUCAGAACUACCAGGUUUUGGCAGACUUGGCAGAUAUUAGAAAACAUUUGAGAAUAAUUGACCCUAUUGUGCAUGUGAAGCCCAAUCUGAUACCAUAUUCUACCUCUUUUGGCCCUGCAUCAAGCCUGCAAGUGCUCUAAAGUUUGAGCCCUAAAAUUGUGUUGAUGAAGCAGAAAAGACUUGGAAAUGUCUCUGUUCACAGACUCAUUUCCUUUUAAUCUUUCUCAGCUGUGCCUUCACUUACUAUUAUACAUGUGAGUGUUCCAAAGGCCAAGUAAUUUUCAAUUAAUGUUUUGAAAAUACUGUAACUGGAAAGGCCAGUGAGGAUUCUGAGAUUUGUAAUCCAAAAAGUACUUUUUCUGAGUUCUGCAUGAAAGGGAUUUUCUAAGUUGCUUGAAGCUCUACCCCCUGGGAUUCAAAACAGUAAAACCUGGAAUUUAAUGGGUGGUGCCUAAUAGACUGAUGGGAGAAUUGGAUAAAAUGGGGACGGAGGGUGAGAACACCUGCCAGAGGCACAGGAUGGCACCUGAUGCUGAAGGAAAGAGCAUGGCUGUUCCAGUGCUUUAGGGUUGGAGUGUUUGGGUGUCCCAACAAAGCAAAAAGUGAAUUCCCCCAUUCAGUUCUGCCCCCCCUCCCCCCGGCACCCCAGGACAAGAGGGAAUAUUGCCACAUACAUACCUUGACAAACAAUUUAAAUUUUUAAGAAGAAAAUAGAUUCAUGUUUGUCAAGGAGCGAAGAUCCAGCCUCCUUCAGAGAGGAGGGGAAGGGAAUAAAAUAUACACUUACACAUAAAGACUUGUAGGGAUCGGUUCCAUCAACGAAGGAUCUUAUAUCACCACUAACCUUCUAGCAUGCGUCUAGAUCUGUUUGUGUUUCAACAAAAGUUACAAAGAAGUCCAAAUGACACUUGGAACAACAGUGGAAUAAAUUAGGAGCAUAGAACUCCAGGCUUUUCUUUCAUUCCUGCCCUCCUCCUUUUCUAGUUCAAAACUUUCGAUAAUGAUGAUGAUGAUCAUAAUAAUAAUAACUUUAUUUUUGUACCCUGCCUCCAUCUCCCCAAGGAGACUCAGAACAACUUACAAGGGGACGAGCCCAGUCAACAUCGUAAUAUAUAAACACAUUAAAAUACAUACACAAUACCAUAAAACAGAAUAAAACAUAACAGCAUAGCAGUUGUGACAAAAUAAAAACUAUCUUGAACCAAUAACCAAUGAGCCUGAAAUAAAGUCCAUUUCUAGGCAUAGAUGGGCGGGCUAGUGCAACUCACUUUUGAAAAUAGGGCUGCUGGAUAAAGUGCAUAAGUCCGAUGGUUAGGGGUGAGCAAUGUAAGAUGGGGCAUAAUAUCUUUGGAUAGAAGACAAUAGUAAAGUGCAAGGACGAGAUUUUAUGUCCUAAUUGGAGAAAAUAGCCCUGUUUUAAUUCCACUUGCUUCUCCUAUGUACCACAAUGCUUAUGCUAUGCAGAAUCACUUAUAGCCAAUCACAAAAGACCUAGCCAUCUUUGCGGCUUUUGCCCUACUGCAAUUGAUGUUAACUGAGCUGCAUCGUAGUGCCUUAAAUUGCAUUAUGUUGUUAUUUCUGAACCUGGAAGCAGGUGGAGCUGUAGCUUUAUGACACCAUUUCAUACAAAACCAAUUCUGUGGGCGGACACAAGACUUGGAGAGGGCAUUUAUUAUUAGUUAUCCACUCCUUGUGUUUGUGUAUGAUGGAAACUAUUUGUAUUCUACUAAUGGCCUAUCUACAAACAGCUUAUAAAGGGUAACAGUGUCCAUUUUUUGCAGAAUUUUGUGACUGGAACCUCUAUUGAGUUCUAAAUUUCAUGUCUGUGCCUUUGGCUUUCUACCUGGAUAUAAGGAUUGUUUUCAUAAGUCUUUGCUCUCUUUUUAAAAAAGAUAUCUCUUUGGGUUUUAAUUUUUCUCUCUCUUAAAACAUGUGCAAUAUUAACUUCUGUAAAGGUGUCCAAUAAAGUUAGUAAUAAUUGCC